AUGACCCGCGCCUCGACUCCUCCAGCUAACAGAACCGAAGCCGUCAGUACCAGUAGUGAUCACCACCACCAACCGCCCUCACAGCCCGCGUCACCUGCUGCCAAACGUGUCAAGAGCAGCAGCGCGACCAACAACGAAGCCAUCAUGUCAUCCAACGGACCAGCAGUACCACAACUGUCCUCCUCAUCACAGCCGCCUCUCCUCGUGAAAAAGCUGUCUCCGGACGCGACCACGCCGACGCGUGGCUCCGCAUUCGCCGCCGGCUACGACCUAUACGCGUCCAAACCGACAACGGUGCCCGCGCGCGGCAAGACUUUGGUCUCGACUGACCUUGCGAUCGCGACUCCCGAGGGGACUUACGGCCGAGUAGCGCCCCGGUCGGGCCUGGCAUCCAAACACUACAUCGACACGGGCGCAGGUGUCAUCGACGCCGACUACCGUGGGGAAGUCAAGGUGUUGCUGUUCAACCACUCCGACGUGGAUUUCCAGGUCAACAAGGGCGACCGGAUUGCUCAGCUGGUGCUGGAGAGAAUCUAUACUCCGGAAAUCGUCGAGGUGGAAAAUCUAGAGGAGAGUGUCCGUGGAGCCGGGGGCUUUGGAAGCACGGGAUAA